AAAACCAUUACAACAACAAAAAAAGACGUGAUUAUGUCCUCCGCACGCACAUGACUUUCUGUCUCCUUCUUCUCUCUUCAGAUCUGUCUUGACCCCAAAAAAAAACCAAUCAAUAUCUAAUUUCCUCUUCUUCUUUAAUCACCGGCGUUAAAUGGACGGUGGAACGGGUCAACCGGCGGCUGAUACGGAGAUGUCGGAAUCGCAGCCUUCGCCUCAGGUCCCGGGAAUAGAGAAUAUUCCGGCGACGCUAAGCCACGGAGGGAAGUUUAUACAGUAUAACAUAUUCGGGAACAUCUUCGAGGUCACCGCUAAGUAUAGGCCUCCGAUUAUGCCUAUUGGAAAGGGCGCUUAUGGCAUCGUUUGUUCGGCUAUGAACUCUGAAACGAAUGAAAGCGUUGCUAUUAAGAAAAUUGCAAACGCUUUUGAUAAUAAGAUUGAUGCUAAGAGGACUCUCCGUGAGAUCAAGCUUCUUCGCCACAUGGAUCAUGAGAAUAUUGUUGCAAUCAGAGACAUAAUACCACCACCACUAAGAACCUCUUUCAAUGAUGUCUACAUAGCUUAUGAGCUAAUGGACACUGAUCUCCAUCAGAUCAUAAGGUCCAACCAAGGCUUAUCCGAAGAGCAUUGCCAGUAUUUUCUUUACCAGAUCCUCCGUGGAUUGAAAUACAUUCACUCCGCAAACGUGCUUCACCGUGAUUUGAAGCCUAGCAACCUCCUCCUAAACGCAAACUGCGACUUAAAAAUAUGUGAUUUCGGGUUAGCUAGAGUCAAUUCCGAGAGUGACUUCAUGACUGAGUACGUUGUCACGAGAUGGUACCGUGCACCAGAGCUGCUCUUAAACUCUUCUGAUUAUACUGCUGCGAUAGAUGUUUGGUCUGUUGGUUGUAUUUUCAUGGAGUUAAUGGACCGUAAGCCACUCUUCCCUGGUCGUGACCAUGUUCAUCAGCUUCGCCUGCUCAUGGAGCUCAUAGGAACACCAUCCGAACAAGAGGUUGAGUUUUUGAAUGAAAAUGCAAAGCGUUACAUGAGACAACUUCCACCGUAUCCUCGCCAAUCCAUCACUGAUAAGUUCCCAACGGUGAAUCCUUUAGCCAUAGAUCUUAUCGAGAAGAUGCUAACAUUUGAUCCUAGGCGGAGAAUCACAGUUUUAGACGCGCUGGCACAUCCGUACCUGAAUUCUCUGCACGACAUUAGCGAUGAGCCAGAGUGCACAAUACCUUUCAACUUCGACUUUGAACAGCAUGCACUCUCAGAGGAGCAGAUGAAGGAGCUUAUAUACCGUGAAGCGCUGGCUUUCAAUCCAGAGUAUCAGCAAUAGCUUGAAUGGGAUCAGGUUUGGUUUUGAUUCUUAAAAGGAGCAAAAUGUCAUUGUUUGUCUUUUGUGUAUACUUGUGAGAGAUGUGAUCAAUGGGGCUCAAACAUUAAGUCUUGUACCAGGUUUUUUUUUCUCUGUUUUUGUCUUUUCUACGUAUUUGUAAUUUGCCCUCAUUUCUUGUUGCAAUUAUUAAGACAUAAAUUAAGAUCAUCUCAGAAAUAGUCUUCAUGUAUUACAAGAUGUUCUUUUCCAGCAUUAUCAAUUUUUUUUUGCUUUGUAAAACAUAAGGAAUAUGAGAUUAUUGUAGUUUUCAAUAUCAAAAAGAUCAAAU